AUGGGCAACAAGAUCUCCGCAGUGCACGGUGUCAAGUCAGACCAUUUCUACGACCAAGGCAACGCCGUCAACGAGAUCUGGGUGGGAGACGUUGAAGUCAUCUCGCGUUUACCCUUCGGCGAUUCCGACCUCGAGCAAGCCGGCUGGCCCAAGGGAGACUUCCCAAAGAUCCCGUGGCAUCAUUUCAUCAUCCCCAUGCACAAGCGAGACGAAGGCAACAACAUGACUGCCAAAGCUUCCUCAUGGGAUAUGGAUGGGACCUAUUGUACUUGUCGGGACUGGCUACCAGAACAUGGGUACCUAGGCAUGUACACGAGAACCUCCGCAUCUGCUGCGUAUCUUAUUGGGGCUUUGUUCCUUCUCCUCGCUGCCUUUCUGUGGAUUUAUUUUACAUGCAAACUCUGCAAUUCUUUCAGGGCAUGGAAAUGUCUACGGGAGGCAUCAGUUCUCCACCCGGAUCCGGUUGCGGUCAGGCGUACGGCUAAUGUUGAUCUUUGGAUUCGCCUCGGCCAAACAUACGUUGUGCUUUUUCUCUCUAUCCUCAGCUUGGUGCUGGGCUUGCCGGCUCUCGCUGCUAGCACAAAGAAAAUGGAUGCUGCGAGCUUCAUUUUGUAUAAUGGGUUUUGGGGUGGUCUUGGUGCCAUUAUCGGCGGACUCGUCAUUAACCCCUUAGUCCUGCUGUGGGAUGCGAGAAAGACACUACCCGCGAAGAAGAGCGACCCUGAAGAUUUCCAUCCAAGUCCGUGA